ACCUUCUCUCUUCCAAUCGAGACAAAAGAAGGAGAAAGGCGAGGAAGAAGCACAUCGCGGCACCUUGGAGACGACUACCAGCACGGACGCGCACACGCACACGCACACGCACGCACACCCUACUAACCUUUGCACCUUCAUUGUCCAACGUACCCCGGUCCAUUCGAACCGCUGGACGCCGUGUUCCAAUGAUGUACCUGUGGAUUCUGCUGCUCUUGGGAGGUUUGCUUGCUGGACGUGCUAACACGCAAGAUGACGUGCCCCCAACAGAUGAUGCGACCGUCCAUUCAACCUUGCUGCCCGAAUUUGAAAUGCACUCAGAAAUGGAGGCCGAAGCUGCAGCAGAGGAAAUGCUACCAGGAAGUGAACCCGAGUCAACUGAAGCUGGAGCCCAUGAAGAAGUGACGCCAGCUGAGGGGGAAGCAGAACCAGAGGCUCCGUCAGAGGCAGAAGCGGAGGAUCCCGCAGAGGGAGAAUCCGAAGGAGAAGCAGAGGCAGCUCCAGAAGGAGAAGACGACGUGGCAGCUGACCCAGAACAAGAGGCUGCAGCAGAAGAAGAAACAGAGGCUGCAGGAGAACCAGAGCCAGAGCCUGCACUAGAUCCAACGGCCGAACCAGAACCAGAGGCGGCAGAAGAACCAGCAGCAAAACCAGAGGCUGCAGCAAACCCAGCAGCUGAACCAGAAUCAGAAGCUGCAGAAGAACCAGCAGCGGAACCAGAACCAGUAGCUGCAGAAGAACCAGAAGCUGAACCAGAACCAGAGACUGAAGAAGAACCAACAGCUGAACCAGAACCAGUAGCUGCAGAAGAACCAGAGGCUGCAGAAGAAGCAGCAGCUGAACCAGAACCAGAGGAUACUGCAGCGGGAGAAGCAGAAUCAGAGGCUCCUGAGUCGGAACCAGAGCCCUCAACCCAAGGUCCUUCAGAUGGUCUAGAAGAUCCAGAAUCAGCGCAAGACAUUCCCGACGUCGACGAACAACCUUCUGCCAGCUCUGAUGCUUCUCAUGUCCACAAAGAGCAUGGAUCUGAAGAUGAAGGCACAGCAGGAGCAGACGCAGCUGUGCCACAUGAUGAGUCAGCUCACGUGGAGGUGGACGUCGGCACAGAAAUCAAGGCCCAGGACCCUUCAGAUGGAGGCUUUAACUUGGAAGAUGCUCUGUCACAAGGCGACGCACAGGACAUGCCGGCCCAUUCAGGGCGCAGCAAUAGUGGCGGAUCAGUGGCACAUGUUUCUGAAGCCACAGGAGAAGACGCUGAUGCUGAAGAAUCCGGUUCGGGCUCCUUGGCGGCGAUCUUAUGUGGUGUGGCUGUGGCCGUUGUGGGAGCAGUCACUGGAUAUUUUACCUACCAGAAGAAGAAACUCUGUUUCAAAAAUGUACAUGAAGAAGAUCCGGAGGCUGCACGCAAAGCAGACGCAGGCGAGGCUCAGUCAGAUCCUCAAGUCCUUAGCAACCUACUGAAUUCCUCGUAGAGCGGAGGUGAUCACGUGACUCGACCCGGACCAACCACAGUCAAGCAAAGUGGCACGCUCGCUGGAGGCUUUCUCCACUGUGGAGCUGCAUUACUGUGAGGCCCCCAUGUUGGGCUUAGUAUGUAUGUGUGUGUGUUUUGUGUGUGUGUGUGUGUGUGUGUGUAUUAAUUAGUGCAGUAAGUGGGUAAAGCAACAAAGCAACUUGAUUUGCAACAACAAGAGGCCAGACGUUUGUAUGUCCAAAGUUAUGUCUUCAUGACCGAAAAACUUUUUAUAAUUUUAUUGAGACACGCCACCCAUCCAUUUAUAGGAAUUGAAGAAAAAAAAACAAAAAAAAAAAACACUGUGACUGAUAUCUUUUUUUUAUGUCAAUUCUAUUAUUGUAUGUUGACAGGGUUUAGAUAUUUUAAACCAGCCACUAUAUUCACUCAAUGAAAUAAUAAUUGAACAUGGAAACAAUCUUGAAAAAAUUGAUUACAAAAAAAGGAUGUGUUAAGCGGGGUACACACAUAUCGAUUUGUAACAUCUUAACCGAUCUUUAAAUUGUGACAAACUACACACAUGACGAGGAAAAAAUAAAUAAAUUGGGGAGCAUGUGCUUACUGCCACACACACAAGGAUUUGCUGGCGUAAAUAUUGAACAGGUUCAACAUUUAUGAUUGUUGGCACACCACGGGAUUAUCACUCAAAAUAAUCUUACCAAUGCAUCUGACAAUCGGGCCAUUGAUCGAAAGGGAAGAAAAAUUUUCAAAUUCAGACAGAUUAUCGAUAUGUGUGUACCCUUCUCUGGGCGAACUAAUUCAAAAGGACGCAGAUCAUGUCAACAAAAAUCACACAACGCAAAGUCGACUGGCAUGUGUAAAGCAAUUGCAGUAGUCAGUUGAUGGGAAAUGGAAAGUUCUGACGAUAAUAUUUCCUGGAUUAUGGCAGAGAGAAAUGUAUUAAAAUAGCUGAGAGUCGAUACAUGAUGUCGGGGUUUCCUAAACUUACCUUAAUGUCAUCUAUUGCCUGAACAUCAACCUAAACUGUACAUAAAGUAAUGAUAAAGAAGCUUUUUUUUUUUUUUUUUUUUUUUUUUUUAACAGCAGACAUGAAUCAAGAAGCCCUUUGCAGUAAAACUGAUUUAGGUUUAGGAGCCCUGCUACAAUGAGCAAAAGUAUCAGGACUGAUUUGUGAUCUAACCAAGACAUUUUGGAUUUGGAACAUUUUGGCGAAGGCUACUUUUCGCCUCCUUAAUGGCAUGAUUGGUUGGGUUUGGUGUGGAAGAGUGUGAGAGCACCCAGACCUCAACCCCAUCAAACACCUUUGGAAUGAACUAGAACGAUUGUGGACUAAUGAACAAUAUUCCCACCCAAAAGAGUAUACGCUAUCAUAAGUGCAACACUCCCAUUUCGUAGUCUUGUGUCCCAGUACUUUUGCUCAUUUGGGUGUAUUUUAAGAUGUAUUAAAAAAGUCCAAAUGGCGUUUUAGUAGCUUAGGCCAACCGUCACUGUGAGUUUUUGUACGUUGAUGUGCGUCAGUCUAGUUUUUCUAGAGUGCCUUUCACUGUCCCAGCCUAGCUUGUCCCGUGUGUAGACACACUGAAUGUCUCCUAAACGUCCACUCUUUAAUGAGACGCUGACUUUGUUUGGGCUUGAAGCACUCUCGUACGCACUCACCAGCCACAACUACAGAGGCGCACCUGCACAUUUACCAGUACUGUAAAAUACAGUGCGUCCAGUAGGUACAGUAGACACGUCAGAGGAGGCACAGCAGCUUGAGAAACAUCAUCAUUCUCGUUUACGCUCUUUUGAUUUAAUGAUUUAAUCGCAACAUUUUCCCAUUUUGAGCAGUAAUGAUUAAUUUCAAAGCCAAUUCACCUUUUUUUUUUUUUUUUUUACCCGAAUUUGAGUCUGUGUAUAACAUCCAACACCUAACAUCCAUUUUCUCUUCAGGAAAGCAAGUAAAUAACUACAAUUUGACAUCUUAUUCAAGAUAUAAUCAUAUACUUUACUGUUUUGUUUUGUUUUUGGUAAAACAGUACAUUUGAAAUUGUAUAUAUAACAAUAAUUAUGAUAUUUCAUUGUUUCAGUUCAAGAUUCUACAUCUUUGUGUAUUAACCAUUAGAGAAACAUUUUUGUAAUUGCCAACGCUGUUGAUUUGCGGCAGCUGUGGCAUGAACCUUAUAUUGGGUGGUGGUGUAAUACAUUAACCACUGGAAGUGAUAUAUGGUAAUGUUGCUGAUGUCAGAAUCCACUGUGAUAUGGUUGAAAAUUCCCUGACUUGAAAUUUGACCUAUGCUUUGCAGUUAUUGUUAAAAUAAGAUGAUUUAUAGUAGGUCUAUUUUGUACAGAUGUAUGUUGUGUGUAAUUUUCAAACUUAUUUUUAACUCCCCGGUCCAAGUGGACAUACUGUAACAGUAGCUCUGUUUAUUGGGUUAUUUAAAAAAAUGAAUAAAAAAUAUUGAUCUCAUUUAAUAAUGGGUUAACUGAUUUAGUAGUAAAAAUAGUAAAAUCAUUUUUUUUCAUACUCAUUAAAUAACGGUUAAUUAAUUGUCAUUAAAUGAAUUAAACUAAAAUAAAAAAUGUGAAUUAUUGAAUUUUAAAAUGUAUGUACAUGUUUCACUUUUUACCUCAUUUACGAAAGACUGCCCCUCUGUCCAUUUUUCAAAAAAUAAAUAAUAAUAAAUAAAUAAAAUAAAAUGUGGCCCUUGCUCACAAGCGUUUGGUCUAGAGUCUGGCCUACACACUUUCAAAAAAAAAAAAUAAUAAUAAUAAUGCUUUAGCACAUGCAGGUGUACCUCAUGUUGUGGCCUGUGAGUGCAUUUUACAGUCUCUACUACCUAUUACUCAGCAAGGUGUGCCUCUUUAUUCCAUUCAAGCCAGCUGUCUUUUUCUAACAUAAUCCCCAUUUUUUUUUUUUUUUUUGUAUUUAAAUCCUGUCCAUGGUGUAUAGUGAGGUGCCUCCGACUGAUUGUCUUUGAAUAGCGUGUGUUAUCUUUCGUGAUUGUUAUUGUGGAAAAUUGCCUAACUAUGAGGGUCUGCAUCGAAGAUUAUUUAGUAUGUAGUGUAGCGCAAACUGCUAACAUCUGAAUGUGUUUUUAUUUUUAUUUUUAUGUUGCCUUACAUUUGCUGUGUUCCCUUUAAACCUUGCUUGCUGCUUUACGGUUAUCCUUUGGAAUAAAAAAAAAAAAAAAAAAACGCCACACGGCUGCAAUACUGUACAGGACAGAGGCUGUUACUAAUAGUCUGGCCGCAAUUAUCUGUGAUUUCGCACAUUAAAUAAUUACUACGUAUGAAUUGGAGGACUGCAGAACGCCUGGUCAAAGCUGUGUUUUAAAAUGCCUUGAUUAAAAACAAUAACAAGGGAUGGGCCAAUUUGAGUACAUUUUCUUUAUAUAUUAUGAGGAACAUUUCAAUGAACGCAGUAGUAAAGUCAUAAUUGCAGUAAAUAUCUGUAUAUAUAAAAAAACAAUACGGCAGUAACUGAGAGUGCCUUCUUGUGACCUCAGUAAAAGGUUUGGAAGUUUUGCUGAAUUUAUUUGAUUGAAUGUAGCGAAAACUAAGAAUGAAUCAGUAUAUCAGUCUAAAUAAGAAAAUCUCUGAAUGUUCUGAACUUCUGUUUGCGUUGAAGUGUGCAGGAGUUGCGCCAUAACGGGGAUAUACUGUACGUUGCUCCACCUCGCAUCGCUGAUGUCAUGUUGUGCUUCUUUAGACAGCAAACUAGUUGAGACUCAGUGAGCAGCAUCUCAUUUUGUCUUCAGUUGCUCGAAGACACGAUUAAUCUACUCAAUUCUUAAUGAUCAAUGAAUCGAUUAGUAUGCCUAUCCUUAAUAGCCAGUGACGCCUUUUGAACAAAACAAAUAUGGACAAACAAAAUCCCAUUUUCAAGCCUUCAAGCUAGAAUGUAAGCACAUUGGGCUUUGCUUUGUUGCAUCAUUAGCGGACCAGUCCUGCCUUAUAAGCACAUCUCGAUUAUGAGCGGCAACAAGGUUAUGAACACAAAACUCUUUAGAAAUAUCGAGACAUAUCAUUUCUUUUCUAUGAAUAUUUUGUGUGUGUGCGUGUGUUUCUUUUUAUGUAGAAACUGUCAUCAAGCAUUUGUGGUGUAAAUAAUGUCGAAGAGGUGAAUUAAACAAGCAGUUUCAGUGGGA